AUGACUUACUGGCAAACCAGAGUAGGCCACCGUGGUAAUCUCAAGCUUUCUCGCGCGUCUCACGACGAUUACUUUCUUGACUUUGCAUCCACAGACCCCCCACUCCCCACAUCGUCUCCGCCGGUGCCAAUUGAAAUCCCAAGACAACCUUCUCGGCCAAGCAUUUCCGAAACUUCACUUGACCCGACUCUACACUUUUUUCAAAAUGCAAGCUAUCCGCCGCGUCAGCAUACUACUUACCAGCCACAUUACACUGCACGACCUCCGGCUCUCCCACCACCGCGUGCAACACCGGCGCAGCAAGACGUGUUUGAACACCAACUUGCACGCGUAGCAUUUGAAGAGGAAGAGCGCGAAGAGGCCCGUGUUGACGAGUUUUUAGAAGAGCGACCAGGAACCCUUGCGACGCGAGACAAUGCACGUGCAGAGGUGGCCGAAAUGAUGGUAGUACAGCGACCGCGCGACAUGUUCAUUGUUCUUGGUGGCGGACCUGAAGCUCAGCGCCAGAUUCAAGAGAUUCAUGGACAGAGAGCCGACCUUGAGACAGCACCUGGGGCAGUUGCACCUGGGGUUGUUACACCGCCGCACUCGCCGCACAUUAUCCAAGAAAGGUUUGCCGAGGAAGGCGGUACCGGACAAGUCGCCGAUGACGGAGGAGGAGGAAAUGGAGAAGGGGGAGGGGGAAGAGUAAGGCGAGAAGAAGCCCCUGAAGAGGGGAGUGAUCAAAGUGGCAGGAAUGGAUUUCAGGAGCAACAGCAGCAGCAGCAGCAGGGGCAACAGCAGGGGCGACAACAGGAUCUGCAAAAUCAAUCUGGAAUGAUUCAAGAGUCCACUCGUGCAGAGGCUCGUGAAGAAACCCGUGAUAGUGAUGGAGUGCAUCCCCCUUAUUCACGGCUGGAGUAUACUGCAGCGCAGCUGUUGUUAAAGCUUGAUGACGAAAUGCACCCCAACACGGGACAAUCUUCAAAAGGAUCCUCAUCUAAUAAGAAUACAGUGCAGCAAGUGAACUCAUCUGAAUUACCUGUUUUGGAAAAAGGCUCUGAAGAACUACGAUCAAGAAUGCACUUUGGAAUGGAUCAGAAAAAAGCAACAGAUUUUCAUUAUAAUGAUGAUCGUAUUACGACAGCUACAUCUUCAGGAGGUUCAAGCAAGAGAAAUACAGAUAAAAAAUUAAGUAAUGAAAGCGCUAGAAGCAGCACUAAAGCAAAAGGGGGUAAAAAAAUUCAAGGCAAUAAUCGCAAAAAUUCCAGGUCCCAGAAACAAGAGCCUAAAGCUUCACGGAACAAACGACGAUCAAAGGUUCCCAAGAUUUCGCCACCGCCAGGUCCUAAUCUUUCACCCCCACCUUCUGUUGCACGCAAUGCUGAAGAAGCCACGGAAGCUAUGGUUAAAGCAAUGAAGAAGGGGCCGGCUUUCUCAACUAAAGACCUUUUGCGACAGGAAAGAGAGAUUGAACGAUUGAAGCAACAUAUGAGUUUUGUUGAAAAAAGGCAACGCCAGCAAGCUGAGAUAGUCAAUAAACAACGUGAUCAACAAGAAAAAUUGCAACGGGAAAUGGGUCCACGACUGGAAAAAGAAAUGGAGGACCGGAAAUUGGGGAACAUGUUGAGUAGAGGGUAUAAUAAGGGAACUAAUGGGAUUGAAUUUGGCAAUGGACAUAGAUACCUUGAAAUGAUGGUGCAAAGGUCGAUGGGGGAAGUUUUGAAAGUUGAGAGAAAUGAAAUCAUAAAUGGUCCUUCUUCAUUUCAAAUUUAUGAAGAACGCCAAUCUCAAUUAUCUGCACAGUUGGAACAACAAGGCAGAAACUCUGAACGACCUUUUGACUUUGCUGCACAGCAAAAUCAAAACCAAAAUCAAUCAUUGACCCCGCAACCUUUCUUGCAGCUCAGUGCAGGUAAUGGACAGAGACCUUUGACAGAGACAUCAGAAAGACUUUUGCAACCGGGAUCUCCCCCAAGAGUUCAACCAGGCGCACCAGUGCCGCAAUCACAGAUACCCGUAUUGCGACAACAACAUGAAGGACCCUAUCAACAGUCCAAUGUGUUUGCAUCUCAACAAUAUGCAGACACGGAACCCAGAAGCCUGCUACAAUUGGUACCUAUAAAUCAGCAACAAAGCUUGACGGCAACUCAAGAACAUGGGAGACAGCCUGUGAUGCAACUAGUUUCAGUGACUCGACCACCACCACCAUCAUUUCAAAUACUAACACAGUCCGAAAUACGACCUUUUACGGAAUCAACACCAAUGCUUCAAAGGCCACCAAUGUCAGAGGUUAGGCCCAUAACUACAGUAGCAUCAGUUACUCAAGGGCAAGUUGGGUCAUCCUCAGAAAGGCCAUUUGAACCUGAACAUAGUUCCACCAAGCAAUCUGCACAAACAACAAGCUCUCAACAACAACCCGGGUCACUCGAAAGAAGAGAUUUCUCUACAAUGCAAUUAAUGCAUAGACCUCAGCAAUCACAAGAAUUGGGGACUAGACCUCCUACUCAAUUACCUUUAAAUACUUUAGGGCCCCAUAUUCAACCUGUAUUAGCACCUCAACAACUUUCUGAGCUUAGAAGUGGACCGACGUCGCAACAAGGACAACCUUCUCUAAACCAAUCCCAGCAAAACACUAGGCUUAGACAACCACCAUUGCCCCCUGCACUAGGACAUGCUCAUACAUGGCGGCUUCGUCAAAUGGAAAGAGAAGCAGAACAACAAGAGAGAGAAAAUGAACAUUUGCGUCGGCGGGAGCUGGACCGUCGUCGAAAUGAAAUGCAAAAUGAAUUGGAGUCGCAUCAACGCUCACUUCAUUUUCUACGCCGGCCAGCGCAAACUGUGCAAUGGAAUCCUAGAUUUUUCCAUAGCUUUUUUGGGCCACUUCGCGAAGGGGUUCGGUCUGCUCCUGCUAUUCAUAUGCAGAUGCAUACAUGCGAUGAAGCUUUAGGAGCUCUAUCCGGAGGAAUACGCGACUUACCUGCUGGCCCACCUAGACCAGGACAACGGCCACCAAACCCUCCAGGAACAGUGUCUCGAAACAAUGGUCCGGAUUCGCAGGAAUUGUGGUAUCCUCCCAUGUCGGACCAGAUUAUGGAAGAACGCCAGAGAUUAGGAUUUUAUUCUACACCUGUUUCACAAGCACAUGCUCAAGAACAGGCUCAGAAUCGGGCUCAAGAACAGGCUCAAGACCAGACACAGGAACAGACACAGGAACAAUCACAAGAAUCAGAACAGUCCCAUUCGCAGCCUGACUCACAACAUAAUCACCUUUAUUCAAGACCGUUGUCAAAUCCUCAGUCUCCUUUAAGCUUGAUACCAAUUAGCACACUUUUAGAUGACCCUUCUCCAACUCAGCAGUCUUCUAUUCCAAUUGCGUUACCUGCUUUAAGAUCUUUUUCUAGGCCUCAAUCUCCACUGAGUAUUAGCCCAAUGAGCCUUUCUCCUGCACAAACUGAACGUGCCAUAUACUCUACUCAUUCCAGUUAUACAGCUUCAAGACCAUUGUCAACCCCCCAAUCACCAUUAAGUUUAUACCCCUCUGAUACUUAUUCGAGACAAUCUCAAGAAACUUAUCAACAAUCAUUACCCUUUUCUCAACAAAGAUACCCAAUUGGGGCAUCAGGUUCAAGACCCUUGUCAGGACCCUUGUCAGGGCCUCAAAAUUCCAUACGUCUUCCACCUCUUAAUAUACCCUCAAGGCAAUUACCUUUAUCUACAAAUCAAUUUAGUCAAGGAUUUCCAGACACUCUUACUAUACAAUCACGACAAUCUUUUAUUCAGCCUGACCAGAGAUUUGAAGCAUCUAUUUCAGAACAUCCCAGGACUUCUACUACAAAUGAACAUAGUCAACAACAAGGGACAGCACCUCCUACUCCGCCGCUUCAGCCUGAUGUUUCCAAUCCACAAAUGCAACAGCUGCAGGAACAGGAACAGGAACAGUCCUCACCUGCUCAACCUUCUCUGACCACUUCUAAUCCACCACCUCCUGACCAAGCACCUGCACCUCUGCCACCUCCAAGACCGCCCCCUGUUGAUGGGCCUUCUGAGAGGACCCCAGAACUUAUGUUAAUGUCUUGGGAAAACAUGCACGAACUCCAAGUUUUGCUUCUUGAUUACUUUGGCGACCCCCCUCGGUACCGUGACCAAUUGGAAGCGUUACUUAACAGGAUCCGCACAAAUAUUGAAGAAAAUAUUUGGGACUAUCUUAACGCACCUUUUUAUAUACAAGAAAUGUUUACGAAUCGGCAAUGGCAAAUUUUAAAUAUUAUUGGUAAUCAAAUGGGAGAAAUGUUUGGAAUGCCUCCUGGAUAUGGAAGGUUUGUUACUAUAAAUGGGCUGAUUGUUGUAAUAAUUAUGAAUGAAGACUUUGAACAGGAUUUUGAAAAUGACUUUGAGGAAUUUUUACAAGAAUGGGGGGAAUUUGAAGAAGAGAUUGACACAGAAAUUGAGCAUAUUAGACGCAUAUUGGAAGGUGAAGAAACGGAUGACGAAGAAAUUGAGGAUUUAAUGGAUACCUUUGAUAUUAGUUCUAUUAGCUCUGAAGAAUUUGAGCUUGAACAAGAUGAUGAGGAUGAGGAUGAGGAUGAUAAUAGUGAUACCGAUUAA